UACGAUUAAUCAAGUUUGAUUGAAUGUUACCUGCCUAUCCACUGCGAAAACAACGUCAGGUCCUAUGGGCCUGGCAUGUCUGAAUACAGAUCGGUCAAUGAUGCAUCCCAAAGGUAAAUAGGAAGGAAGAAAGGAAUAGUGACAAGAAGAGUCAUGCUGGCAGAAGUAGAAGAUCAGCUGAAUUUAGAAAAGGGCAGAUCCACAACCCAGGUCAAAAACGCAAACAAUGAAAACAACAAAACCCAAAAAGACAACUCUCACUCCAGAAUGCAGACGGCCGUUUAGACGCAUUUUGAACCUAGACCAAAACAACAGAAACCUCAAAAUAGCCCCCUAUGCCAUCCUCUAUUCGCCUUUCCGGAUAGCACAUGGUCGCGUCGCUUGCAGAUCAGUCUAUAAAAGUACCCACCCUGAUGUGGAAAAAAGAAAUAGCCAUGGCCAAGUAGAAAAACACCAGAAGAUGGGGGAAAAGGUAGUGGAAGUAGUGGUAAUAGAAGAAGAAGAGGAUGAAGAGGAAGAAGAAGAAGAAGAAGAAGCAUGAACAUGAAGGUUCAGAACUGGCCCAGCAGAACAGAAACAGAGGAAGACGCAAAAAUGGAAAGGU